CUGCUUCAUCGAUAUCCUCGACUUCACAGUCCCCUGGCUCUGCUCUCUUCUUUGAAGACGAACAGAUCUACAGUUCUUGCUUGAAGACUUGAUCUGCGUCCCAAAUUGUAGGCUUUACUUGCCGUUUACAAUAAUUGUAGGUUGUUCAUGUGACGAAGUUAGGCUUUGUUUUGAGCUCCCAUUGAUUAUUAUCAUUGGAUCUUCACAAGUCAAAGCUCAGUGCUGUGAAAUGUCGUUUUCAGGACGCCUGACUGCGUUUCUCGCAGCUCUGUGUUGUAAUGCCUACAUAGUCAUUGCCUCCACUUCGUCCUCGAGUAUUUGGCCUCUUCCGGCAGAGGUGGAUUCCAGUGGCUGGCCGGGUGUCAUCCACGAAGGAUUUGAUAUUACCACCGAUAGUCAAUCGCCUCGCUUGCACAAAGCCAUUGCUCGCUAUAGGCAAUGGAUUCGUCCAUCGAUGCUGGAGGACCUCACCGUACAGGAUCGCAUAGCUAAUGCCAACGGAACUGGUUUAGAUAGUCUGUAUCUGGCCGUAUCGAACCACAAUGAAACCCUAAAUGCAGCGACGUCCUACGCGUAUCGACUCUCCGUGGAAGGCGGCAAGGGUCACGUGACUGCCGACACCAUAUAUGGCGCCAUGUACGCACUGGAGAGCCUGUCACAGGUAGUCGACGAUGGCAAGCUGAUGGUGGAGAAGCUGCGUGUGCGGGAUUUCCCCCGGUACCGUCAUCGCGGCUUCAUGAUCGACACAGGGCGGCGGUUCUUUCCCAAACAGCUGGUACUGGAGAUGCUGGAUGCCAUGAGCUACUUCAAGCUGAACGUACUGCACUUUCACUUGUCUGACUACUGCCGCUUUGCCGUCGAGAGCCUCGUCUUCCCAGAGCUGACGGCGCACUCUGAUGGCUUCUACCGACAGGACGAGAUCCGUGAGAUCGUCGAGUACGCGGCCGAUCGUGGAAUACGUGUCGUUCCCGAAUUUGACUUCCCUGGCCACAGUCGUGGACUGUUGCCGCUGGCUAACAGGAGCGUCACAUUCUGCAGCGAGUCCAAUGUCCAGCUACACAACGACUUGGACGGGCGUACCGUUGCGACGCUCAAGGCGCUGCUUUCCGAGAUGGCGACGCUGUUUCCCGACAAGCUCUUCCACAUCGGCUGUGACGAAACACGCGUAACUGACACUUGUCCCCUAGUAAUGACCCGUAAAAUGGAGCAAGAGCUGCAACAACAUCUUGCUGGCCUCGGCAAGACACCGGUCGGCUGGGAGGAGAUUCUGUUCUCCUCCAAGGCAGCUCUCCCCGGCACCGUCAUCAACACAUGGAAGAUGGAGUCUGCAUCGCAGGCCACGGCGGCCGACUACCAGGCCGUGGCCAGCAGCCUGCCGCACUUCUACGUCAACUAUGUGAGCACGACGUACGACAAGCUGUGGACGGACAUCGGUGCCAGCGUGCCAGCCAAGCAGCACAGCUUGCUUCUCGGCGGCGAGUUCUCCAUGUGGUCCGACAACUACUGCUACCGGCUGCAGUGUUUCAUGAACGGCACGAAGCCGGUCGCCUGGUGGAUGUACGGCCGUGGCGAGGAUAAGGUGUUCCGCUCGUCCGUUACCGCAAUGAUCUGGCCGCGCGGUAUCGUUGCAGCUGGUGCCUUCUGGAACUUCCAGGCCGGCCUGGACGCACAGUCACAAGACUUCCUGCAGCUAUACCACCGGCAGACUGAACGUUUGAUGGCGCGCGGUAUCGACAGCUGUCCAGUCGGUUGCAAGUGCGAUGAGCUCACGCAGUGUGGUGUCCCGUAUCCACGUCCACCGCCCAGCGGGCCCUGAGCGGUGAGCGCGUGCCGCUAAGUUGAACAAACAAGCGUCCAGCAAGCUGCACUGUCUCUUCAAGUGGCCCCAUCAUGCCACGUCCAACCGUACUAUUCCAGCCAGGGAGUCGUAAAAUACCGGUAUUUUAUGACUCCUCCAGCCAAUCCAGCUGAGAGCAGAGAAAAAGCAGAAGCACCAGUCCUACAGUAGCAACAAUAGACCAAUCAUGCAAGUCAGUCUUGUCACAUAUAGGCAAUACUUUGGAGAUUUGUUUCUUGUUGAAAAGAUGACAACGACAUAGAGACAAUAAUCGUAAUAAUGUAACCAAGACAACAAUGUGCCAUCCCGUGUCACGAACAGAGCAACCAGAGUUGUUCUAGUAGUUCAGAACAUUUUCUUGUCACGAUUAUCCAAAUGGAAUAUUUUUGACUUGAGGCUUUUAUUCUUCUUGGUACUAAACCAAUUUGUGUCUCACUUGCCAUUGCAACUGCCAAGAUUGGGCCACCCUUUUGUAAUCGUCACCAACGCACACAUACCGGUACUGGUUCUGCUCGAGAGACGUUUGUAUUUUGUUCGAGUGUCGCUGGCCUCACCGGCUGGGUGUCUAUUCGAGAGAGGGCACGAUUCAUGCGA